AAUUAAUUUACCGGAAUGCCAUCACCUACAUUUUCAUCAUCACCAGAAUCACAGUCUGAUAUAUAAAAAUAAAAUAAUGAAAAUAUUAUAGUACAAUCUGUGCUCUGUUAUUAACAAUAAUACCUGAUAAUGGCAACAACUAAAAGAAUUUAUGUUUUCGCGACCUGUAUUCUAUCGGGAAUUGCAGCACUUUUCACGAUCAUCUCCCUGGCUACAGAACAAUGGGUUGUAUCGGAUUCAAUUCAGUUGGUAGAGGGUACGAAUGACCAGAUGAGUCAGAGGAAUAGAGUUAGAUAUGGCUUGUUUCAAGGAACAUAUUUUCAAACAACGCCUUCAACAUUUACCUUUCAAUUGUCAAUGACGUGCUCAUUGAAGGAAAAUAUAUGCGCUGUGUUAUGCACUGGCGAUAGCGAAAUACUAAGUGCACUCUACCAAGGACAAAACGGAAGCCAAAGCGAUCCAAUGUUGAAGUGCCCAGUAAUUCAUCGAGUAUCUACCUAUAGAAAUAGACCAAUCACUUACAGUAAAGAAUCUAUGGCUUCAAGAACAUUCAUAAACUGUGGAGUAUGGGUAUCAACCAUAAUCUUCUUAGUACUGUCCCUAGCUUUUGGAGUGUUAUCUAGCGCCUUGGCUUUGUUUAACACUGUAAAUAAUCCCGUGCAAGUAUUUCUAAGCAUCCAAGGGCUGUAUAUAUACAAUGCUAUGGCACUUUGUGGUUCUGUUAUAGCAUUGGCAUCAUGGGGUAUAAUGCAUCCUUUUAUAACCUACCACAAUGUAGCAAUCUAUUAUACCAUAACUGGGCAGAUGAGCUCUGAUAAAGUAGCAUAUCUGGGUUACUCGUACUGGAUAAAUAUUAUACCGAUUGUGUUUUAUUGUGGAAGCAUUACAGUGCUCUACAUUCGUCAGUAUCUCUUAUCAAAAGAUCCAGGACACAAAAUUGUUGAAAGAGAAGAUAAUGCCGAUCCUGUUAUUUAUUUAUAUUGAUUAAGAUUAUUUUGGUGAAAUCUCACUUCUAUCUGAUGCUGAUAGAGGAAAAAAAUAUGAGUUGUACUUCUAGAAAUUAA